GUUUCAUAUUUGCUUUUCUGACCUCUUCCCAAAUCAAACGGACUUGACGGACCCGUCUCCUCGAGUAACUAUUGCGAUCUCAAUCACGCCAAUUAACCCUUUCCGCGAAUUAAAUCCUUCCUUCUGAUUCAUAGACUCACUCAGUUGAAUCUUUCUAUCUAUCUACAUAUAUAUAUAUAUAUAUCAAUUAAGGUAUAUACUAGUGCAGGACAUUUUGGCGCGAACCCCCUAUGAAGGUAGACAACUUCGAUGGUGCGAUGUGCCAAGCCACCGAAGCCACGGUGCCUGCUGGCCGGGAUUCCUCUCCCCCGGCCGAUGGCGAUGAGGCUGAGGGAACCGUACAUAAGCUAUUGGUGCCGCCUCUCAACUUUGCCAUGGUUGAUUUCGGCGUCUUCAGGUCUGGUUUCCCUGAAACUGCCAACUUUGCCUUCUUGGAAACCCUAGGUCUCCGUUCAGUCAUAUAUCUCUGCCCUGAACCAUACCCUGAACCGAACCUGGAAUUUCUCAAAUCGAACGGAAUUCGGAUUUUUCAGUUCGGUAUCGACAGUGGCAAGGAGCCUUUUGUAGACAUUCCAGAAGGCAAAGUUCGUGAAGCAUUAAAAGUAAUCCUUGAUGUUAACAACCGUCCACUCCUAAUUCAUUGCAAAAGAGGAAAGGUGAUGCACCGAACUGGCUGUGUUGUGGGAUGCCUAAGAAAAACACAGAGGUGGUGCUUGUCUUCGAUCUUUGAGGAGUACCAGCGGUUCGCUGCUGACAAAACUAGAGUAUCAGAUCAGACGUUUAUGGAGUUGUUUGACAUUUCAGGCUUUGGGAAGGUGCCGACCGCAUUUUCAUGUUCAAAGAAUUGAAAAGGUACUAGCCUUGUCAAUGGCAUGCCCCAGGUGUGCUUUUCUUCUUCUUUGCUCACGUUGUCCUCGGAGUGUGGAGUUAAUCCUGCCUUGAGAUAGUUGACCAGUAACGGAAAUGCAUAUUAGAUUUUGGAUUUUGGUGGCUUUCUGCCUGUACAAAUGAAAAUCAUGUGCUGAAAUUCAACUUUCAUCUUUGUGUUCCGAUGUGCCUUUUUUGUUUUUUUGCUGGCACUAGAGUAGAGUUUGUCCUUUCUUAUAACAUUAUCGCUCCCUUAAUUUUGCCCUUUCCUCACUUUUCUCUUAACUCUUUUGACUUUUGGGGUGAUAGAAAGUUGCUUGAAGAACUGAAGAAACUAGUAGACGAAGUUAUUGCUAUUUAAUGGGGGUAACUUGAUCUACUACACACACACACACAAGAAGUUAUGUUCAUUUUCAGCAAGUCCAUAUUCGUCAUUGGGGCUGUAAAUUCUAGCAUUUGGUGUAUUAAGUAGGAGGAGCACUGCAAAUUUUUGUGUUUAAUUCCUAAGUAAGGGAAGAAGUGUGGUGGUGUUAUUCAAUUCACCGGGAAUUUUAAUUACUGCAGACUCUAUAUCACAUUGGCAAACUAGGUGCUUUAUUGUGUUGCUAAUAUCGGUUAUCAUUAUUAUUUGUAUGGAACCAUUAGAAAUCGCUAUAAAGAUGAUAGUUUAGAAAAUAUAAGCUAUUU